AUGAUUGUAUCAUCUUUGGAUAAUGCUUCAGUGAUGAGUGGUAUACUAAUAUUAAUCCACAUUGUUCUAAAGGUCACUGAGAAGGAGAGCAAGCCCCAUAUUCAAGUUGAUAUUGGUGGUGGCCAGAUGAAGACAUUUGCUCCAGAGGAGAUCUCUGCCAUGGUGCUGACCAAGAUGAAGGAGACUGCUGAAGCUUACUUGGGCAAGAAGGUGACACAUGCUGUGGUCACUGUCCCUGCCUACUUCAAUGAUGCCCAGCGUCAGGCCACUAAGGAUGCUGGAACCAUCGCAGGUCUGAAUGUCAUGAGAAUCAUCAAUGAGCCAACUGCUGCUGCCAUUGCUUAUGGCCUGGAUAAGAAGGACGGCGAGAAGAACAUUCUGGUGUUCGAUCUGGGUGGUGGCACCUUUGACGUCUCCAUCCUGACCAUUGACAACGGUGUGUUUGAAGUGGUGGCCACCAACGGUGACACUCAUCUGGGAGGUGAGGACUUUGACCAGCGCGUCAUGGAGCACUUCAUCAAGCUGUACAAGAAGAAGACUGGCAAAGAUGUGCGCAAAGACAACCGCGCUGUGCAGAAGCUGCGUCGUGAGGUUGAGAAGGCAAAGAGGGCUCUGUCUGCCCAGCACCAGGCCCGUAUCGAGAUCGAAUCCUUCUUUGAGGGAGAAGACUUCUCUGAGACCCUGACCCGUGCCAAGUUUGAAGAGCUGAACAUGGACCUGUUCCGUUCCACCAUGAAGCCUGUGCAGAAGGUGCUGGAAGACGCCGACCUGAAGAAGUCUGACAUUGACGAGAUUGUCCUGGUUGGAGGCUCCACCCGUAUCCCCAAAAUCCAGCAGCUGGUGAAGGAGUUCUUCAAUGGCAAAGAGCCUUCCAGAGGCAUCAACCCUGAUGAGGCUGUGGCAUACGGAGCUGCUGUGCAGGCUGGAGUGCUUUCUGGAGAGGAGGAUACUGAUUGUUGUUGUUAUUUGGAUCUGAGCCCCCUGGCUCUUGGUAUUGAGACUGUUGGAGGAGUAAUGACCAAACUGAUCCCCAGGAACACUGUGGUGCCCACCAAGAAAUCCCAGAUCUUCUCUACGGCUUCUGAUAACCAGCCUACUGUCACCAUUAAAGUCUAUGAAGGUGAGCGUCCUUUGACGAAAGACAACCACCUGCUGGGCACCUUCGACCUGACUGGCAUCCCCCCUGCCCCUCGUGGUGUACCACAGAUUGAAGUCACUUUUGAGAUUGAUGUCAACGGUAUUCUGCGUGUCACUGCUGAGGACAAGGGCACCGGCAACAAGAACAAGAUCACAAUCACAAAUGACCAGAACCGCCUAACACCUGAGGAUACUGAGCGCAUGGUGAAUGAUGCUGAGCGUUUCGCUGAUGAAGACAAGAAGCUGAAAGAGAGGAUCGAUGCCCACAACGAGUUGGAGAGUUACGCCUACUCCCUGACGACCCAGGUGUUGGACUUGGACUUUCCGGCCAAGACGGAGCUGGUGGAGGUGGUCCAACCCAUCAUCAGCAAGCUUUACGGUAGUGCAGGUGGACCUCCACCUGAGGGCGCUGAGAGUGAUGUUUGAAGUAUUAUGACUUUU